AUGUUAAAUGUUAAAACUCAUACGUCUUCCGAAAUUUGCCAAUCUCAAAGAAAAUACAAACUUGCUGCGGAAGACAAUUAAAAGUUCUAAAGUCUGCUAUUAUAAGCUGACGAAAGAACUUUGAAUUUUCCUAAAUAUUAGUAUUUAAUAGUUGUAAGUUACCAAAUUUAAAUUGUAGGUGUUAUAAACUUAUCCUAUCAAAAUGAAAACACGAUUUAAUACAUACGACAUCGUGUGCAUGGUGGCCGAAUUACAAAGGCUGAUCGGUAUGAGAGUAAAUCAAGUGUAUGAUAUAGACAACAAGACUUAUGUUAUUCGGCUGCAGAGAUCAGAAGAAAAGUCAGUCUUAUUAUUAGAGUCGGCCAACAGAUUUCAUACUACACAAUUUGAGUGGCCUAAGAAUGUAGCUCCAUCUGGAUUUACCAUGAAGCUCCGUAAACAUUUAAAGAACAAGCGCUUAGAAAAACUAACACAGCUGGGUAUAGAUAGAAUAGUUGAUCUACAGUUUGGUAGCGGUGAGGCAGCAUACCAUGUUAUACUGGAGCUGUAUGACCGAGGAAACAUUGUACUGACAGACUUUGAGUGGACAAUCUUAAAUGUUCUAAGGCCUCAUGUUGAGGGUGAUAAAGUGAGAUUUGCUGUUAAAGAAAAAUAUCCACUAGAUAGAGCAAAGACAAGCUAUGAAGCCCCAAAUGCCGAUGCUUUGAAAGAAAUACUUGGAAAGAGCAAACCUGGAGAUAACAUCAAAAAAAUUUUAAACCCAAAUCUUGAAUAUGGUGCAGCUGUAAUAGAUCACGUUUUACUGGAGAAUGGCUUGACGGGUACCAUGAAAUUGUCUCAGGACCCAACCAAAGGUUUCUAUAUGGAGCGAGAUUUGGAUAAGCUUGUAAAAGCACUGAAACAAGCCGAGAUGAUGAUUGAACAAGGCAAGAAUCAAAUUGCCAAGGGCUACAUCAUUCAGAAGAGAGAAGAGCGUCCGAAUCCAGAAGGAGGGGGUCCGAACUACCUACUCACUAACCAAGAGUUCCAUCCGAUGCUGUUCGCUCAGACUAUGACACAGCCACACACUGAAUACGAAACAUUUGACCGAGCUGUUGAUGAGUUUUAUUCAGCGCUGGAAGGGCAGAAGAUAGACCUUAAGACUGUUCACGUGGAACGAGAGGCGAUGAAGAAACUCCAGAACGUUCGCAAGGAUCACGACAAACGUAUAACCGAAUUGGAACGUCUCCAGUUAGAAGAUAGAAAAGCCGCGGAAAUGAUAUCCAGGAAUGAGCCCCUCGUUGAACAAGCGAGAUUGGCCAUCCAAACGGGUAUCGCUGCUCAGAUGUCCUGGGAUGAAAUAAAGCUUCUAGUUAAAACGGCGCAAAACAACAACGACCCAGUGGCCUCGUCCAUCAAGCAACUCAAGCUGAACACCAACCACAUAACCCUUCUGCUCAAGGAUCCCUAUGAUGACAGGAACAGUGAGGAUGAUGAUGAUAAUGAUGACGAUGAUGAAGGACGGCUUAAACCUAUGCUCGUCGAUAUUGACCUAUCUUUGACGGCAUAUGCUAAUGCUAGAAGGUAUUACGACCAAAAACGAACCGCCGCGAAGAAACAACAGAAGACGCUCGAAUCAGCGGAUAAAGCGCUUAAAAGCGCUGAAAGGAAAACGAAACAAACAUUGAAGGAAGCGCACACAAUCAGCAACAUCAGUAAAGCGAGGAAAACAUAUUGGUUUGAAAAGUUCUACUGGUUCAUCACGUCCGAUAAUUAUUUGGUGAUCGCGGGGCGCGACCAGCAGCAGAACGAGCUGCUGGUGAAGCGCUACAUGCGCGCGUCGGACGCGUACGUGCACGCCGACGUGGCGGGCGCCGCGUCCGUGCUCGUCAAGUGCCGCGGGGCGCCGCCCUCGCCCAAGGCGCUGUGCGAGGCGGGCCAGGCCGCCGCCGCCUACAGUGUGGCGUGGGAGGCGAAGGUGCUGACUCGCGCGUGGUGGGUGUUCGGACACCAAGUGUCCAAGUCCGCGCCGACGGGCGAGUACCUGACUACCGGUUCCUUCAUGAUCCGCGGCAAGAAGAACUACCUGCUACCCGAACAGUUGCAGUUUGGUUUCAGCUUCAUGUUUCGAUUGGAAGACAGUUGCAUAGAGCGUCAUAGAGACGAUAGGAAGUCGUUAGCUCCAGGCGAUUCCGCAUCUGACGUCAUUUCCGCGCAGGACACCGAGGAGGAACAAGAGAUCAUAGUGUCUGAUGAUGAUGAAACAUCAGAAAAAGACGAAUUAAAAAAAGAAUUAGAUACAAUAAAUGAAGAAGUAACGAACGUGACAAAUGAAAAACCUUCAAACAAAAACGAUGUAAAAGAAAAGACAAGUCCAGAAGCGUCUCCAGCGAAAGAUACCAGAAAUGACGAGCGGACUGUUCCAGAAGAUUCUGAGGAACAAGUUAACAGAGAAGAAGACGUAAAUGAUCAAGAGAGUGAUUCAGAUAGCGAGAGCUCGGAAGCUGGAGUCUUCGAUACUCACAUUAAGGUGGACCACGGCACUGGAGAAGUUUUCAUCGCGUCUAAAUCAAGGACAAUCUCUGAAGUCUCAGAUAAAAGCGACGAUUCGAAACUGCUAUCAUUCCCGUCACUACCAAAGAAGGGCGGGAAGAAAACGCAGAAGGAGCAAAGGCAGCAGGAAGUAAAGAAGGAAGAGAAACAAGGUCCCAAACGUGGACAGAAGGGCAAGUUAAAGAAGAUAAAGGAGAAAUACAGGAAUCAGGACGACGAAGAUCGAGCGAUUAUGAUGGAACUCUUGAAGCCGGAUAAAAGCGCGAAAGACUCUAAGAAAGUUCAGAAACAAAUUACGAAGGGUGGGAAGAGCAAGGCCGCAGCGAGGUUGCCGAAGAUCCCGCAACCCGUGCCGGUCUUGCUGGAGGCGGAAUCCGACGGAGAGGAACCAGAGCCCGAGCUGGAGCAGUCCGCCCCCGACGCGGACAUAGAGAUGUUGUGCCAGCUGUCCGGCUGUCCGUUGCCGGAAGACGAGUUGCUGUUCGCCGUGCCGGUCGUCGCGCCAUACUCCUCCUUGCAUAACUACAAGUAUAAAGUGAAACUGACGCCGGGUAGCAAUAAGCGCGGUAAAGCAGCUAAAACCGCUGUACAAGUUUUCCUCCGAGACAAGAACAGUUCGCCGCGCGAGCGAGACCUGCUGAAAGCGGUCAAAGAGGAGAACGUCGCGAGGAACUUCCCGGGGAAAGUUAAACUUUCGGCGCCACAGUUGCACAAACACAAAAAAUAGCAUUUAUAGAUAUGGCAACAAAAUUAAAAAAUAUAUAAAAAUUGUUUCUUUUAAUUUAAAAUUAGCGUUUUAAUUUUUUUUAUAUGCAUUGUAUUUUUUAUUCUUUUCUAUUUGCGUAGAUUUAAAAUAUAUUCCUGUUUGUUUUCAUUUUAUAUAAUAAAUCUUUUGUGUUACAGAUUCAUAAUGUAUUCGUUGAUGAUGAGUAUUGUUUUUUAAUUAUUUAAGUAAAAAGGCCUGUUGACUGUUACACUGUUUAUCUUUGCCUAGAUGAACGUAUUAAAAAAAAGUGAAUUGUUUUUGUAAUUAAAAUUGCAAUAAAACUUUGUAAUACAUGUUCGAUUGACUUUAGUGUUGUUUAUUGGGCUGUCAAUGAUCGCAAGUUCAAGCUCAGGCAAGCACCGAUAAAUUUUUCACUUACCACAAGACAGUUCACCAGCCACCUACUGCUAGGUGCAAGAGGCUAGACGGGCUUAUAAACUACCACAGGCAAUAGCUAUCCCCUUCGAAGUACAAAUGAGAGAAAUGAGAUAUAAACAUAAGCUAAUCGAUCUAUUCGCCCAUACAGUACAGUAACCGUAACCGUAACAGCCUGUUAAUGUCCCACUGCUGGGCUAAAGGCUUCUCCUCUGUUUGAGGAGAAGGUUUGGAACUUAUCCCACCACGCUGCUCCAAUGCGGGUUGGUGGAAUAGACAUGUGACAGAAUUUCAAUGAAAUUAGACACAUUCAGGUUUCCUCAUGAUGUUUUCCUUCACCGUAAAGCACGAGAUGAAUUAUAAUCACAAAUUAAUCACAUGAAAAUUCAGUGGUGCUUGCCCGGGUUUAAAUCCACGAUCAUCGGUUAAGAUUCACGUGUUCUUACCACUGGGCCAUCUCGGCUAUAUUACAGUACAGCACAGUGCUGGGGCAUAAAAUAAUACAUACAAAUCAUAUUAAACACGCAAAGUAUUUUUCAUUGCAAAGUAUUAUUGUUAGCAAUAAUUCUCAACAUGACGCGUUUCAAUUAAUUUGUUAUUUAUUUUCAUAACGAGACUUGUGAUAAACUAAACUACAUUUGUUUUUUCUUUUGACGGGCCGGUUGGUGUGGUUGGUAGAUACUUGCCUUUCACAUAUAUCUGCUUGUCCUGAGUCUGGGUGUAAUUAUCUAUAUAAGUAUGUAUUUACAAAAGAAAAGUAGAAUAUGUAGUAUAUCAGUUGUCUGGUUUCCAUAGUACAAGCUCUGCUCAGUUUGGGAUCAGAUGGCCGUGUGUGAAUAAUGUCCCAAGGUGUUAUUAUUAAUGCAAUAAUGAGCUACCAUUCAGAUAACCUAUAUCACCAAGAUAACAAAAUUAAUACUAUAAUUAUAUUUUGUAUGUAUAUGUACAUUAUAUAAACAAACGUAUAAAUUUACAUGGGCAAUGCACCUUUAUGACCAUUAACGAGUCAACAUCCCCGAUCCGCACCGAUCCGGUGUUGUUGCUCUUGUGACAUCGCAAAUGUCUUGACAAUUAUUGCUUAACUAAAUAUGUGUCCAUUAAUCAUUUGCCUUGUAUCUAUUUACUUAUUUAUUGCAAUAUAUUUAUGUAUGUCUUAAUCGGACAAAACGAUUAUUAUAUUUAUGUAUGUCUUAAUCGGACAAAACGAUUAUUUACACUCAAACACCUUAUGAAUAGCCGAGAUGGCCCAGUGGUAAGAACGCGUGAAUCUUAACCGAUGAUCGUGGGUUCAAGCCCGGGCAAGCACCACUGACUUUUCAUGUGCUUAAUUUGUAAUUAUAAUUCAUCUCGUGCUUUACGGUGAAGGAAAACAUCGUGAGGAAACCUGCAUGUGCCUAAUUUCAUUGAAAUUCUGCCACAUGUGUAUUCCACCAACCCGCACUGGAGCAGCGUGGUGGAAUAAGCUCCAAACCUUCUCCUCAAAAAAAAAAAAAAAGGGAGAGGAGGCCUUAGCCCAGCAGUGGGACA